CCCAGACGGCGGAGGGAGCCGCCGCCGCUGCAGGGGCCGCGCCGGGGAUGCCCAGCGCGGGCGCCGCCGCUCUCCGCGCGCUGCUCGGCUGAAGGCGCACAGGACUCAAUUACUGGAAUUGUCAACUCUGCUGAUUUAUGUGCACAUUUCUCUUCCACUAUGAGCAGACCAAUUGUAUUGCACAUUUGUCUGGCAUUCUGUGGCCUUCUCCUUCUCAACUUUGCCACACAGUGCAUGGCCUUCCCCAAAAUGGGAAGAAGGGAGAUAGCACAUGACCAUGCAGACACGGGGCAGCCAGAGAGGAUGAACACAGCUGACCCAGAAAAUGACUCUAUUACUUCGAAGUGCACUCCCCAGCUGUUGGUAUCUGAAGAGCCAAUGAUAGUGUUAGCGGAGCCAUCAGCAAUGUCAUUAAAUAAAGUAUUUCCUAUUAACAAAGACGCUCAUCCAAUAGGAGCUGGGCUCACACAGCCUAAUAGCCCUGGCAUUUACACUGAGACAGUGGUCCCUGUGGAGGAGGAAAUAUUUGCUUCCAGCCAGCCAGAGAGAGUGUUUCCUGAAAGCCCACUCUCCAAGGCCAUGCUAACCAACCCUACUGCUGCAACCGCUCCUCUGAACAUGGAUGAGAAGGAGGAACCCUUCAGUAGUACCAUCAUUCAGCCCAUUGUGGAAGGGACCACAGAAACAACACAGGGUUUUCUGAAGCGUGUGGAACAUCAGUUGGCACCUGAAAGUCAGGGAAGCGUUAGUCUGGGACAUGUGCCUUCCUCUGAUGUGAAUACUAAAGAAAUGCUGACCACCAGUCCCAGGACUGAGAAGUUUGAAGCAGACCCAGAACACAGGGCAACUUUUUUUCCUGGUGCUGAGCCCACAGCAGGCAUGGUGCCUGGAAGCCCCAUGCCUGAUCGGGAGAAGCCUUUGCAGAUGACAGCUGAUCAUACCCAGACUACUGCCACCAAGCACUGGCUCACCACCUCUGAGUAUACCCUGAGUGUUGAGCCAGAAACUAACAGGCUGCUGGGAGCCCCAGGAGUUACAGUGAGUGUCAGCACUGCCGGUCCAGCUGCCUCAGUCAUAAGUGAUGAGUGGGAUGACACUAAAUUAGCGAGUGUAAGCCAGAUAACUAUCCCAAAGCUUGGAGACAACAUAGAGACACAGGUAGGAGUGGAAACGUCUCAGAUAGUCCGAGUACCAGAUAAUGAUGCAAUGGAAGCUAUGGAGGAGGGUGAACCUUUGACAGAGGUUGCAGAGGCAGCUCUGGUGCUGCCAGAAGGGGAAGUCCACAUGGGGACAGCCCUGCUAAUGGCACAUGGGGAGGAGCCAUUAUCUACCCUCACCGAUCAGAGUUCCUUUACUCCCACAAGUCUGAUGGAAGAUACAAAAGUCUCUGCUGUAAACCUCUUCCAAGAUACUGCAGACUUCAUCGAGUCCACUAAGGAAAACGAUGCUAUGUUCUUCAUAGAGACCACUGUCUCCAUCUCGGAAUAUGAAUCUGAGGCGCAUCAACUGUUGGGAAGUACCUCAAAAGACAUCAUCACUCAAGAGAUGACAACAGUUGUUCAAGAAGCAGAAGCCACUUUAUCAUUGGUGACACAAGAGCAGCAGGUUUCUACCCUCGAGGUUCCCAGAGAAACUGGUAAGACUGAGGGAGGAAAAGAGCCCUCCUCCGCAGCAUCUGGUGCUCCUGCCGUCACUCAGCUCUCCAGCAGAUGGGAGCCUCUGGCCACUGCACUUUCAACUACAGCCCCGCCUCUGUCUUUUGAAGUUACUUCUGCUCUGGAAGAUAUAAUGGACACCAUCACAGAGCCAAAUGAGGAAUUGUUCACACCCGUUCUGGGCUCUCCAGUGACUCCCCCUGGAAUAUUGGAGGAAGCACCCAGCAUUUUCCCAGCGCUUUCUGAUUCCGAGGCAUCCUCUGAGACAAGAACCAUUGUUCCAUCCAGUAGCCAUGUUAAUACAGCUGCCUCAUUUGGCCUGGAACAGCUUGAAUCUGAAGAGGGUGAAGAAGACGAGGAUGAAGAUGAGGAGGAGGAAGAUGAAGAAGAGGAAGAUGAGGAGGAAGAUGAAGAAGAUAAAGAUGCAGAGCCCCUGGAUGAGAGCUUGGAUGGUGACGCCGAGCUGCCGGGGUUUACUCUCCCUGGCGUCACAUCUCAGGAACCUGGUUUAGAGCAAGGAAACCUGGGUCCUUUGGAGGGAGCCACCUACCAGGUGCCAGAUGCUAUCGAGUGGGAACAGCAGAAUCAGGGCCUGGUGAGAAGCUGGAUGGAAAAACUGAAAGACAAGGCUGGUUACAUGUCUGGGAUGCUGGUUCCCGUAGGGGUUGGGAUAGCGGGAGCCUUGUUCAUCUUGGGAGCACUCUACAGCAUUAAGGUUAUGAAUCGGCGAAGGAGAAAUGGCUUCAAAAGGCAUAAAAGAAAGCAGAGAGAAUUCAACAGCAUGCAAGAUCGAGUAAUGCUCUUAGCCGACAGCUCCGAAGAUGAAUUUUGAAUUGGAUGGAAGUUUAAUUGGGAUAUUCGACUGCGUUAUCAUUUUAUUUUUUAUUUCGGGGCAAAAAGAAAAAAAAAGAACAGCAUCCUGCCACGUCGCUACUGUCAGGCCAUCGGUCUUACUCUCUUCUGGGCAGUAGAUUUUUUUCUUGUACUGAGAGAAAAGGCAUGCUGUAUACUUAAUGUAAUAGGCAGUGUUUGUUUUUAUUCUGUAGUAAAUUUUCCAUGAUCAUAGGCUCCAACUCAUCAAUAUGCACCAUUCACGUUGUUCACUGGGAGUUGCUAGGUAAAUAAUUUGUAUUUUCCCAAAGGGCCUUUUCCUUGGUUUACCUGUACUAAGUAUAACGAUUUGCUGCCAAGGCAUGUUGACUGUGAAAUAGAAAUCUUAACCAAGAGUAACUUGUGA